CAGCUAGCUUUGAGCAACCAUCAGUAGUAUCACCGUUUCUACACCCUUCGAUCGCCGUAACCGACGAAGACCGACCACGCUCAAUCUCUCUCUCCCUACCUCCCUCCCUCCCACGCAUACGCACACACACCCAUCCACUCUUUCACACAUCACAAACUGAGACUGAAGAGGGGAGGGAGAGAGAGAGAGGGAGAGAGCAAGUCUGAGUUGAAAUUGAAGAAUGAAAGGUAUGAACAAUGGAGGAGAUAUAUUGAAAUGGUCUACAUUGAUAAAAAUCGCAGGAUUCAUAUUCGUAUCAGUGUCUUUCUUCUACCUAGGCAAGGACUGGUCCGAUGGCAAUCAACAACUCAUCUUCUUCAACUCUCACCAGUCCCCCCAGACUCCCUCUGUCGCUCUCUCUCCUAAUUUCAAUAAGACCUUCAAUCUCUCUUCCCUUUUGAACGACACUGGUUCAUCACAAACCAUAGAUUCAAUUCCGCCGCUUUCAAAUCCGGACACACAGUCGGAUGAACGAUUGCUUGCUCCGCCGCCGGCGUUGCAGAGGAUGGGAGUGGUAGACGAGAACGGAGUGAUGUCGGAGGAGUUUGAGGUAGGGGAAUUUGAUCCGGGUGUGGUGGAGAAAUGGAACGAGACUGAGGUGGUGGUUGAGGAAAUAGGGGUUAAGGUUAGCAUUAAGAAGUUUGGGUUGUGUCCAGAGAGUAUGAGGGAGUACAUACCUUGUUUGGAUAAUGUGGAGGCGAUUAAGAGGCUGAGAUCGACGGAGAAAGGUGAAAAGUUUGAGCGGCAUUGUCCAGAGAAAGGUCAGGGAUUGAAUUGCUUGGUCCCGCCACCUAAGGGGUACCGGCCCCCAAUUCCAUGGCCUAGAAGCCGCGAUGAGGUCUGGUUCAGCAAUGUUCCCCAUACGCGUCUGGUUGAAGAUAAAGGUGGUCAAAAUUGGAUUACCGUGGACAAAGAUAAGUUUAAGUUUCCAGGAGGUGGCACACAAUUCAUACAUGGGGCAGAUCAGUAUUUGGAUCAGAUUGAAAAGAUGGUUCCUGAAAUUGCAUUUGGUCGUCUUACUCGGGUUGUUUUGGAUGUUGGAUGUGGUGUGGCGAGUUUUGGUGCUUAUUUGUUAUCAAGGGACGUGCUCACAAUGUCCAUAGCUCCCAAGGAUGUUCAUGAGAACCAGAUUCAAUUUGCGCUUGAGCGUGGUGUGCCUGCAAUGGUGGCAGCUUUCACUACACGGAGAUUGUUGUAUCCCAGUCAGGCUUUUGAUUUGGUUCAUUGUUCAAGAUGUAGAAUCAAUUGGACUCGUGAUGAUGGGAUUUUACUGCUUGAGGUCAACAGGAUGCUUCGGGCAGGAGGAUAUUUUGCUUGGGCAGCACAGCCUGUUUAUAAACAUGAAGUACUCCUGGAAGAACAGUGGGAAGAGAUGGUUAACCUCACCACACAUCUUUGUUGGAUGCUUGUGAAGAAGGAAGGAUACAUUGCAAUAUGGCAAAAGCCAUUUAACAACAGUUGCUAUUUAAACCGCGAGGCUGGAAUUCAACCUCCACUGUGUGAUCCAGAUGAUGACCCAAACAAUGUUUGGUAUGUUGAUCUGAAGGCAUGUGUUGCUCGACUACCUGAGGAUGGAUAUGGAGCAAAUGUUACUACAUGGCCUGCACGUCUGCAGAAUCCUCCCGAUAGGCUGCAGAGCAUACAAAUCGAUGCCUACAUAUCUAGAAAGGAGCUUUUUAGAGCAGAAUCGAAAUACUGGAAUGAAAUAAUAGAAAGCUAUGUCCGUGCUUUACAUUGGAAGAAAUUCAAACUUAGAAAUGUACUGGACAUGAAAGCUGGGUUUGGAGGUUUUGCUGCAGCAUUGAUUGAAAAUAAAUUGGACUGCUGGGUUCUGAAUGUUGUUCCUGUUAGUGGGCCCAACACCUUGUCUGUUAUAUAUGACCGUGGACUUCUAGGAGUUAUGCAUGAUUGGUGUGAACCAUUUGAUACCUACCCGAGAACCUAUGAUUUAUUGCAUGCAGCUGGCCUCUUCUCUAUCGAACAAAGAAGAUGCAAUAUCUCUAGCAUCAUGCUUGAGAUGGAUCGGAUUCUGAGACCUGGGGGACACGUAUACAUACGUGAUUCUGUUGCUGUCAUGGAUGAACUUCAAGAGAUUGGGAAGGCCAUGGGUUGGCAUGUAUCUCUGCGCGACACAUCUGAGGGUCCUCAUGCAAGUUAUAGAAUCUUGACUUGUGAUAAGCGUCUCUUGCAUGCUUGAAGCACGAGGUUUCAGAAUUGCAUCAGUAUGUUAUUUGUUGUACUUGUGAAGGGAAUACCAACAAGAAUGGAAGUAAACAGUUUAUCUUGGGGAAUGCAAAUGUAGGAUGCUCCUUGAACACACAAUUCUGAGGUGAAUAGGGGAAUCGUGCACGGGACGAUUUGUUCAACCGUGCAGCAUAUUGGGGCAGUCAUGUACAGGAUAGUGUCAUACACAAGAAAAUACACCCCGUAUUUUAGAUUCUAAUGUAACACAGUUGUUUCACAAUCAAUUGAUUGGCAAACACACCCUCGGACUUUCAGUUCUUUAAUUCUUGUAUUUGUUGUACUAUUGUUAUGACAAUUUGUUUGGAGCAAUAUUGACACCACUUCGAGCAUUCUUUGACAGUGGCAACUCUGAGUUAAAUU